AUGCAAGCUGCCGCCUCCACCGCACCAGCGAUACUGGCCGCGGCUCGCCGCCACGCGCCGGCUCGGAAGAGGGGCUGUCGGCAGCGCAGCAGAGCGGCAUGCGUCGUCAUUCGAGCAGCACCAGGUCCCCUCUUCGACGUGACGGCCGCUCCCGGAGCCGGCCGGCGGGAGGCAGAGCGAGCGGCGGACGAGGCGCGGCGAGCGGCGGACGCUGCGGCGCUGGAGGAGCAGAGGCGAGCGAUUGCGGCGGAGGUGGAGGCGAAGCUGGCUGCAGAGCGCGCGGCAGCAGAGGAGAGGCUGCUGGCAAGGGAGGCGGAGAGGCGAGCAGCAGAGGAGGCGCAGCGAGAGGAGCAGCGGGCGACGGCGACGGCUCGCAACGCUGCUCAGGCAGAGGCGGAGCGGCGCGAGAAGGAGGCUGCUGACAAGAGGGCGGAGGAGGAGAAGGCGACGCGGCUGGCGAAGGCGGCCGAGAAGAAAGCGGCUAGAAAGGAGGGCAAGGCGAAGAACAAGGAGGCCAAGAAGGCGCCGUCCGCCUUCAAGCUCGAGGAGGAGCGGAGAGCGAAGGCUGCGGCAGAGCUUCGCGAUCAGGAGGAGAGGGCGGCGCAGCUGGCUGCUGAGCAGGAGGCGGCGAGGCGAGCGGAGCGCGAGGCGGCAGAGCGAGCGGGUGCGGCGGAGCGGGCAGCGCUGUGCGAGGCUGCGGAGCUAGCAGAGGCGCUGCGCCGGUCAGAGGUGGAUGCGGAGGAGGCGCUGGUGCGUCGGGUGUCGCGGUGCAAGGAGGCGGUGAGCAGCGAGCCGACCGUCGGUGGCGGGGACUUGCAGCGGCGUGUCGAUCGGCUGGAGGCAAGCCUCGGCGCGGCGAUCGAGGGUAGCCUCGAGGAGCGGGUCAGCGCCAUCGAGCGCUUGAUGGGGCCAGGAGCGGCAGAGGCGGCGGAGAAGCAUCUGCCAGUCACCGAGCCGCUUGCUGCCGUCUCACUAGCGGACGCCGGCCUCGACACGGGGCGACCGGCUGCCCCAGAGUCCACCAUGGGGGGCGAGACGUCGUGCAUCAUAUGCUUCGAGCGGCCGAAGUCUCACCUCGCGGUGCCGUGCAGCCACUUGUGCGUGUGCGGUCCAUGCUCUGGGCUGAUGCCAGAGUGUCCUUACUGCCGCGAGCCAGUGAUGAUGUGGCUCGCCCCGCGCCCUGUAUGA